AUGUCAGAUGAUGAUGCUGCAUUGGACUCAAUGGAUACAGAAGAAGAUAUUUUUUCUCCUAGAAAUCGUAGCCUUGGCUCUAAUGCCAGAAGGGUUAAAAGUUUGCGUACUUUACGAUCACAUUCAAACUCUACUUCUCAUAUAUCUAUGAACAAUUUAAGUGUGCGUCGUAGCACACGUCAUAGAAUGCAAACAUAUGAUAAUCUUAAUACUAGUUGGAUUUUAGGUACACAAACAUUGAAAGGAUACCCCAUGUUUCAACAACAUGGUUCUUCAUCUGAUAAAGAAAUGGUGGAUGAAGUUCCUGAAAGAAAACGUGAUGUCAGAGAGCGUAUGCCUCUUAGAUCACGUGAAAAUCACCCUCCAAAUAAAAAUUCAUCUAGACAUAUUAGAGAAAGGACAGAACAUGAUAGACAAAAUAGUAGAGAACUUAGAGGAAGGGGUGAUCGUGAUCUUAGAGAAAAAGCAGAGCAGGAGAAAGAUAUUAGAGACCUUAAAGAUAGACAAGAAAGGGAACAUAAAGAUAAGGUAGAAACUAGGAGUAAAUCUAAUGAAGAAAAGGAUGGAAGAACAAGAAAGUCUGAUAGCCCAAGUAGAUUAAAGGAAGGACCUGCUACAAGACUUGGUGGAAGUAUAGGUGAAAAAGAUGUGAAAUCUAAAGUAGAAGCUGAUGAAGAUAGCUCACAAGAAAGUGAAAAGGCAGAAAAUAAUGAUAACUCUGAAAAUGAAGAUGGCUAUGAAGACAUGUAUACUCGUAUUAAACGAACUAGAAGAACAGCGCAACGGCAAUUACCAAGGGUAGUAGAUAGUGAUUUAAGUGAAUCUUCUGAUUCCCCUGGUCCUAGAAAGUAUAGUUUACGUCAGAAAAAACCAGCUGUAGAUAGAUUUCAAGCUAAUGUUGAACCAGUUCGACGAUCUAUAAAAGCACUUAGAAGUGUUCUUAGUAAUUCCAUGAGAAGGCGUAAACAUAGAAGUAAAAGUACAAGCUCUAGUGAUUCGAGUGAUUCAGAACCUCAGCGUUAUGAUAAGAAAAAAAGUAAAAAAGCAAGGCAAUCAGCAAUACCUCAAGGUGGACCACCUGAUCGUAAAGCAGAUAUAAAUCCAAUUACUUUAGAUACUAACAUUAGAUUCAAUGAUGUUGGUGGCUUAGAAUCACAUAUUCACUGCCUUAAAGAAAUGGUUGUUUUUCCUAUGAUGUAUCCAGAUGUUUUUGAACGUUUUCAUAUUAUCCCACCAAAAGGAGUAUUAUUUCAUGGUCCACCAGGAACUGGUAAAACAUUAAUAGCUAGAGCAUUGGCAAAUGAAUGUAGUCAAGGCAGUAGAAAAAUGUCGUUCUUUAUGAGAAAGGGAGCAGAUUGUCUAUCUAAAUGGGUUGGAGAAUCUGAGCGUCAGUUGCGAUUGUUGUUUGAGCAGGCUCAACAAAUGAAACCGUCCAUAAUAUUUUUUGAUGAAAUAGAUGGCCUUGCACCUGUUCGAAGUACGAAACAGGAUCAAAUUCAUGCUAGUAUUGUAUCUACCCUUUUGGCGCUUAUGGAUGGCCUCAGUGAUAGGGGAGAGGUAAUAAUUAUUGGAGCAACAAAUAGGAUAGAUGCUAUUGAUCCAGCAUUACGUAGACCAGGUCGUUUUGAUCGGGAAUUAUUUUUCCCCUUGCCUGCUAUGAAAGAAAGACUAGAAAUAUUAAAAAUCCACGUUAGUAAAUGGAAAAAUUGUCCAUCUGAUCAAUUGUUAGAAGUAUUAGCUGAAAAAGCGACGGGUUAUUGUGGUUCAGAUUUGAGAGCUUUGUGUACUGAAGCAGUUUUACAAGGAUUACGAAGAACUUAUCCUCAAAUAUAUAUGACUAAUAAUAGAUUACUAUUAGAUCCUGAACGAGUUGAAGUAAAAAAACGAGAUUUUUUGCAAGCUAGUUCUAUUCUUGUACCAUCAUCACAAAGAGUAUCACCUUGUGCUCGAAGAAAAUUACAACCUUUUAUGGAACCUUUAUUAGGACCUCUACUGGAAGAGUUAUUUAAUUCAAUAAAGGGAAUAUUUCCUCAAGGAGUUAAUCCUGCUAUGGCAAAAGUGAAAAUUGCCAAAGGGAUACAUCGACCAAGGCUAUUAAUUUCUGGUGGAAAUCUAUCUGAAGGUCAAGGGCCACAUUUAGCACAAGCGCUAUUGUAUCAUAUGGAACAUCUACCAGUUCAAACAUUAGAUGUUAGUACUCUUUUCGCAGAAAGUGGACGAUCUCCGGAAGAAACCUGUGUACAGGUAUUUAACGAAGCUGCCAGGAACGUACCGUCCAUAAUUUAUAUUCGGUCGAUUGAUCAAUGGUGGCCACUUGUACCUGAAACCGUAAAAGCGGUUUUUUUAUGUCGUAUUGCAGCACUGGAUCCUUCAUUGCCUAUUUUGAUUUUAGCCACAAGUGAUAGAACAUAUCAGGAUCUUCCUGUACAACUUCAAAGUCUGUUUAGUGAACUUCGUAGCGAAGUUUAUUCUAUGAAGACACCAACAGCUGAACAAAGAUCGAAAUUCUUCCGACCUAUUUUCAUGGUUCAAAGUUUAAAACCACCAAAAAUAAAAGAUGAUAAAGUAGAAGUUUUAGAAGAGCUUCCUUUAGCACCAGAUCCUUUACCAAAGAAAUUAACGGAAGAAGAAAAGAAAGUAAUAUUCGAGAAGGAAGAAGUUUCUUUAAGAGAAUUAAGAAUUUUCUUAAGAGAAAUUUGUGCAAAACUUGCGAGAAAUAGGCAAUUUUUCAUGUUUACAAAACCAGUAGACACAGAAGAAGUACCGGAUUAUAACAUGAUAAUAAAACAACCAAUGGAUUUAGAAACUAUGAUGACAAAAAUAGAUAUGCAUUGUUAUCUUUGUGCUCGAGAUUUUCUAGAUGAUAUCGAUCUCAUUUGUAAAAAUGCUUUGGAAUAUAAUCCUGAUAGACAUCGUGCGUGCUCUCUUCGUGAUAAUGCGUAUGCGUUAAUAAAAGCAGAAUUGGAUUCCGAUUUUGAGGAUAAAUGUCGUGAGAUUUCAAAAAAUCGUAGAAUUAUUAAAAGUACAGUAAGUAACGAAGUGGAUAAUAAAAAUCAGUCAAAAACAGAACAAUCUACGUUCGUAACCGAACGAACAGACAAAAAAGACUCUGCGAGUCCUAGUCACACCCUGAUCGUAAAUGGAAGAAGAUAUAAUAAUUCUAGAAAACGUAGAAUACCGGCGUGGGCAAGGGGCUAUGUAAAGAAAGUUCACAAAAAAAAGAAAAUCGCGUUUGAUGAAAAUGUAACUGUAUCUGAAAACAAAAUUUGUUUAAGUAAUGAAACAACAAGUAUAGAUUUAGAAAAAUUCCAAGAAUUUGAGACCGAGGCAAACAGUGUUUUAAAUGGUCAUGUACCUUUAUUCGAUAAUUCUGAUUCUGAGAAUGAUUCGCAAAAUGAAUGUUCAAAAGAUAUACAAGGACUUCAAAGCAAUAGUGUCAGUGAGCAACGGAUUGAUGAAAUUGAGAGUAUGGAAAUAUGUUUUACAGAAGAAGAAAAAAACGCGGAAAAUAGUGUGUCUAAUUCAUCGUCUAGGCGAGAAAGUAUAGAUGAAUUAUCGUUUGCUAUCGAGAGUGAUUCUAGUCCAACCAGAUUUGAAGAAAAUGAAAAACUUGUAGUAGAUAAAAAUGAAUUAGAAAGUGCAUGGCAAACUACCGUUGAAAUUACGAAAGAUUUUCCUGUUGAAGUACUAUGCGAUAUUUACGUGCAACUCAGUCGAUGUGUAGGAAAAUAUGCUCAGAAUUAUGAUAGAAAAUCACUGCCAAAGGACUUGCUCAAGGAAGUGAAAAGAUUUGAAGAGUUCAAGACAACGUACGAGAAAGUUCAUCAUGUCGCAAAUCAAACCGACAUUACUUUAUACCUGAAAGAGGUAUACUUCUUUAUAAUAACAAAAAUUUGCAAAUACUGGUUAUACAAAGAUGAUGCUUGGGCGUCAGUUUCAUCGGGAAAGAUGUCCGGCGCGAAGGAUUUCUCUUGCAUCGGAGGACUGGAGAAGCACAUCCGAGUGGUAAAGGAAACUGUUCUGUUUCCGCUCAUGUACGGUGACAUUUACGCCAAGUUCAAUCUAAAACCACCGAGGGGUUUGCUCUUUUACGGGCCUCCUGGCACAGGAAAAACUCUGGUAGCCAGCGCUUUAGCCGCAGAAUGCAGUAAUACCGAACGGAAGGUUACCUUCAUAUCUCGUAAGGGUUCUGACUGUCUAAGCAAAUGGGUCGGUGAAAGCGAGAAGAAGCUUCAAAAGAUUUUUUCAUUGGCUCAACAAUCGAAGCCUUGCAUAAUCUUUUUUGACGAAGUUGAUGGUCUGGCUCCAGUGAGAUCUAGUCGCCAAGACUUUGUGCACGCUAGUAUUGUCUCCACUCUCUUGGCCUUGAUGGACGGCUUAGAGAACAAUUCAGAGAUCAUAGUAAUUGGAGCAACGAAUAGAAUCGAUGCUAUAGAUCCAGCUUUAAGAAGACCUGGCCGAUUCGACAGAGAAUUAUACUUUCCAUUGCCAUGCUAUUCCGCGAGAAAAGAAAUACUCUCGGUCCAUAUAAAAAGUUGGAAGCAAAAACCGCCACAGAAAUUUUUGGCAUACCUUGCGUCGAAGACAGUCGGAUUUUGCGGGAGCGAUUUACAAGCCCUUUGCGCCGAGGCGGUGAUGUGCUGCGUUAGAAGAAAUUAUCCAGAAAUAUAUACGUCUAAAACGAAAUAUACGAUUAACGAGCGGCAUCUUAAAGUCGAGAAACAAGAUUUUCUGAGGGCACAACAGAACAUCCUACCAGCAUCCCAUCGUGUUUCAGUCGCACCAGUGAAGUCUUUGUCGUUUAAAAUUCAGCCAUUACUUCAAGACAAUUUGUCACGCAUUCUGUCACAGCUCGAGAUUCUUUGUCCGGCGGGAAUGUUGAUUUGUGACGUCAUCUCUGGUAGAGCCGCAUCCAGGUCAAACAACUGUCCUAGGAUUUUACUGUGUGGUGACGACGACUCCCACACUCGUCAUUUGGGACCAGCAUUGCUUCACACCUUGGAACACUUACCAUGUCAUGUGUUGGAUGUUACAACUUUGUUCGAAGAAACAGGGAGGGCUGCAGAAGAAGCACUUAUUCAAAAAAUGAAAAUGGCUCGGCGGAGUUUACCAUCAUUGCUCUACAUUCCUGACAUAUUAGUCUGGUGGGAUUUAGUAGACGAAGCAGCUCGUAUUUCAUCUUUGUUCGACGAAUAUCAAGGAGAAAUGUUUCAAGUGAUGCCCAUCAGUGAGAAACAGCGUGAAUUAUUUUUCAAACAAUUAUUCGUUCACUCUGCGUGUGAUCUCGAAUCUAAUCGCUCUUCACAAGCGGAUCUCGAUCAACUUCCGAUGUCAAAACAGAUAAAGGAUGUAGGAAGAAAGCGAAAAGUGGCGGGUAGAAUUGAUUUCACAGAAAAUUCUCCAACGCAAGAGGUGCCACCAACUCGAAAGAGUAAACUCAGGACACGUAACAGAGUUUGCACCGCACGAUCAGCCCACGUGAUGAGCAAUUCCAAGUCAAAAAUCAACGUUAAGAGAAAAAACAGUGCGUCAGGAGAAGGCCCGCCAUCGAAACGUACAAGGAAUUCUCCACUCAAUUUAUCCACCUCAAGCAGUGAGAAAUUGACUGAUUUUCAAACAGAAGAGUUACUUCAAAAAAUUGUCAAGAUGACAGAAUCGUGGCUGUGCUACGAUUUGGAAAGUCUGUUCUACUCUCUGGAGAUGACUCUGGAGAGGAACGAGGAAGAUUUGUGUUCUGCAGUGGAAGAUUGUAUCAAACAAUUUAAACAAUUAAGGAGGAUAAAAGUACACGUGAAAAAGGAAGAAGAAAAUUAA